AUGGUCGGCUCCGGAGACCUUCCACCAUCAAGCCUCUCUUUUGGACGAGUUUUCUACAACAAUCAAUUCUGCGCGAAGCCACAAUGGCCAACACCAGGAACCAGUCUUUCCGGCAAGACAGCGGUCAUCACGGGCGGUAAUACGGGCUUAGGCUAUGAAGCCGCCUUUCAACUGCUGGAUCUCAAAUUGUCCCGCCUAAUCCUAGCUGUGCGCUCACCCGAGCGGGGCGAAGAAGCCGCUGAGAAGCUUCGUCAACGCUAUCCUGCCGCCAUCGUCAACGUCUGGAUACUUGACAUGUGCUCCUACAAGUCAGUCCAAGAUUUCGUGCGCCGCAUAGACACCGAGUUGAAUCACAUCGACAUCGCCCUUCUCAAUGCCGGCGUGAUACGGAUGGACUUUACUCAAGUCCCCGGCACCGGUCAUGAAGAAACGAUUCAGGUCAAUUACCUCUCUACCGUGCUCCUCGCCAUACUUCUUCUUCCUAUCUUGAAGGCCAAACGUCAGAAAAGCGGCGGCCCUGCACGUCUUACAAUCGUCAAUGCCGCUCUAACAUUGGCGGCCACGUUCCCCAACAGAGAUGUCAACCCUCUCCUCCCAUCCUUUGAUGAUCCUGAGGUCUUUGCCAAAUACAGUCGGGAGACAUACAAUACGUCAAAGCUGCUCGCACACAUGUUUCUCUGGAGACUGGUCGACCACGUCUCUGCCGACGACGUCAUUGUCAACCUUGCUGACCCGGCGUGGUGCAAAGGCACAGACUUGGCCCGCGAUGCUCAGGGGAUCAUGAAGUUGGGAGUUGCCGUGUUUGGGGCGACAACUGGAAGAACUCCUCGAGUCGGGGCCUCGUGCUUUGUCGACGCCAUUGUGAACAAAGGCAAAGAGUCUCAUGGAUGCUUCCUCAUGAGCUGGAAGAUUCAUCCUUUUGCCGCAUUUCUCUAUACAUCUGAGGGCAGCGCCGUUAUAGAUCGUCUUUGGGAAGAGACGCUAGAAGAGCUGGACUUUGCGGGCAUUCGAUCCAUCUUGAAAGCGCUGUAG